UUUACUUUAUACAUGCUGUGCAGAACACAGCGUCUCUGGAUGACUUCGAGAGACUGAAGACUUUGGGCACGGGGAGCUUUGGGCGCGUCAUGCUCGUGCAGCGCAAGGAGUGUAAGAAGUAUUACGCCAUGAAGAUACUCGACAAACAGAAGGUCGUCAAGUUGAAGCAAGUGGAACACACGCUCAAUGAGAAGCGAAUAUUGCAAGCGAUCAGCUUCCCCUUCCUCGUCAGUUUAGAAUAUCAUUUUAAGGAUAAUACCAAUUUGUACAUGGUCUUAGAAUACGUGCCUGGUGGUGAAAUGUUCUCUCACCUCAGAAAGAUCGGCAGGUUUAGCGAACCGCACUCGCGCUUCUACGCAGCGCAGAUUGUCCUCGCCUUCGAGUAUCUGCACUACUUGGACCUCAUAUACAGCUACUGGAUAUCUAUAUACCAGAAGAAGGUAUGUUUACCUCCACAGACUGGAUAUCUAUAUACCAGAAGAAGGUAUGUUUACCUCCACAGACUGGAUAUCUAUAUACCAGAAGAAGGUAUGUUUACAUCCACAGACUGGAUAUCUAUAUACCAGAAGAAGGUGACAGACUUCGGGUUCGCUAAGCGCGUCAAGGGCCGCACCUGGACGCUGUGUGGCACGCCUGAGUACCUCGCCCCGGAGAUCAUCCUCAGCAAGGGGUACAACAAGGCGGUGGACUGGUGGGCGCUCGGUGUGCUGGUCUACGAGAUGGCAGCUGGCUACCCUCCCUUCUUCGCUGACCAGCCCAUACAGAUCUACGAGAGGAUAGUGUCUGGCAGAGUUCGUUUCCCCGGCCACUUCUCUGGCGACCUGAAGGACCUGCUACGCAACCUCCUGCAGGUCGACCUCACCAAGCGCUACGGCAACCUCAAGAACGGCGUCAAUGACAUCAAGAAUCACAAGUGGUUUACAUCCACAGACUGGAUAUCUAUAUACCAGAAGAAGAUCGCUGCACCGCUUAUCCCUAAACUCAAAGGCGACGACGACACGUCACAGUUCCCGCACUAUGACGAGGACGAGGAGGUCCCUACGAAGACGUCCAAGAAGUCCGUCUAUGAGGACGAGUUUGCCAGCUUCUGAAGGUAACGAGCGGGACAACU